AUGGCUGAGGAUGUGACGAGCUGCUCCAUUCUUGGAACAUGCUCUGCUCCGACAUCACUGCAUUUCAUCGACGUACUUGAAAGCGAAGUUAGGGCUUUUUACGAUGAGCAGAAGUCGGUUCCACCCAAGGUCAUUGGCAGAGCUGCCAGUAUCCUCUCCAUGAAUCAUCCGAAACUCAUAGCGGACGCCAUUCAAAAGCACUUUGGCUCCAGGGUCGACAUAUACGUCAACGAUGCAGCAGCAACAGACCGCACGCCAGUCGGAGGCGUCGAGAUCGGGAGUUUCAGCAACGUGCUACUUGCGAAUCUACAGGUCCCGGCCAUGAUCAUCGAUCUAACGGUGGAGCGGAAGUACUUUCAGCAGAAUUGCCGUAUCAUCUUCACAUCCUCUGUCAAGAGUACGAGAUACGAUCACUCCGCGUGAGUCAUGGUAAUAUUGACGCGAGCUUCCUGUUAAUAAUCAGUAAGCUUGCAGAUUGAUGAAUGGCACGACCGAAGCCGCCGACGAUGCCAUGGCUAGAAUCUACGCCAAUGCUUCGGGAGACAACAUGCCAGAACUUGAGCUCAUGGCGGGCACACUGCUGAUCAGCUUCUCGUGGAACUGA